GGCAGCGCAGCCACGUAUAUUAGCGCGCGAGCCGACUCUGCUGCACGCGCAACCAACUCGCUUUGAACAUCAAAGCGCAAAUGAUCGGACGAGCAGCACUUCUCCGUUUGUGAAAGGAAGAACGGGCUUUUCCCGCAUAGGGGGACACAUAGCGGGUAACUGUGUGUGUUUUUAUUUUAUUUAUUGAUAUUAUCGGAAAGCGGCGAUGCAGCAGGAGGAUGCGGGGCCGCGCCCCGGCGACCAGGACUCUCCUGCUCCCGACACCGCGGCCAAACAAGCCGUUUCUGUUCUGAUAUCUUUCGGGAAGUGCCUCGGCGCUCUGCUGCCCGUCUACCUGGCGGGAUAUUUCGGCUUCAGCAUGAUUUUUGUUCUGCUCGGCCUCGCUGUGUACAUGGGAUGGAAGCAGCACCGGGACACAAAGCUUCACCGCCUGCUCAGCGCCAUGUAUCUGCAGGAGAACGAGCAGGACUUCACCACAACACGAGUGUUCAGGAGCAAGCGCGAACUGCCGGCCUGGGUCAAUUUCCCAGACGUGGAGAAAGUUGAAUGGCUUAAUAAGAUCUUGAAGCAAGCCUGGCCUUUUGUGGGCCAAUAUUUAGAGAAACUUCUGGUGGAGUCGAUUGCACCUUCCAUUAGAUCCUCCAACGCUCAUCUUCAGACGUUUAGUUUCACCAAAGUUGACCUGGGUGACAAGCCUAUAAAAGUGGUUGGAGUGAAGGCCCACACUGAGCAAGACAGACGUCAGGUGUUGCUAGACCUCUACAUCAGCUAUGCUGGCAACGUGGAGAUCAAUGUGGAGGUGAAGAAGUACUUCUGCAAAGCUGGAGUGAAAGGAAUUCAGCUCCAUGGAAAGCUGAGGGUGAUCCUGGAGCCAUUGAUUGGAGAUGUUCCUCUUGUUGGAGCUGUCACGAUGUUCUUCAUCCGGAGACCUACACUGGAAAUCAACUGGACUGGACUUACCAACUUUUUAGACAUUCCAGGUCUGAAUGCCAUGUCGGACACUAUGGUAAUGGACGCUAUCGCCUCUUUCCUGGUGCUCCCCAACCGCCUCACUGUCCCUUUGGUGGCUGAUUUGCACGUAGCGCAGCUCCGUUCCCCUCUGCCACGGGGCAUCGUGCGCAUCCACCUGCUGGAGGCUGAGAACCUGGCCGCCAAGGACAACUUCAUGAAGGGUGUGAUCGCUGGCAAGUCGGACCCUUAUGCCGUGUUGAGGGUGGGCACGCAGACAUUCACAUCGCACCACGUGGACAACAACCUCAACCCGCAGUGGAGGGAGGUGUAUGAGGUAAUAGUCCAUGAGGUCCCUGGCCAAGAACUGGAAGUUGAGGUAUUUGACAAAGACCCCGAUCAGGAUGAUCUCCUAGGGAGGAUCAAGCUGGACCUGGGCCAUGUAAAGAAAGCACGAGUUUUGGACGAGUGGUUCACUCUGAAGGACACAACAACUGGCAAGGUCCAUCUCAAGCUUGAGUGGCUUUCACUGCUGCCCUCUGCAGAGCGCCUCACUGAGGUCAUUCAGAAAAACCAAAACAUCACCAUGUUCCGUAAGAAUGCCGAUCCACCCUCUGCCGCCAUCUUGACCGUGUACCUGGACCGAGCCCAGGAUAUUCCCAUGAAAAAAGGCAAUAAGAACCCAAGUCCUUUGGUGCAGCUGUCUGUUCAGGAUACAACCAAAGAGAGCAGGACUUCUUAUGGCAACACCAACCCAGUGUGGGAGGAAGCCUUUACCUUUUUCAUCCAAGACCCACGCAAACAGGACCUUGACAUUCAGGUGAAAGAUGAUGACAGAUCUGUGUCCUUGGGCAGUCUGUCUAUCCCUCUGUCUCGCCUGCUUACUGUAACGGAACUGAGCAUGGACCAGUGGUUCCAGCUGGAGAACUCGGGCCCUGCAAGUCGCAUCUAUAUGAACAUCAUAAUGAGGGUACUUUGGGUUAAUGAAGAGGCCAUUCCCACCUCACCUGUAUCGCCUUUUCCCUCUGAUCCAUUCUCGGGAGGAGGUGAGGAAGGUAUCACUUCAGACCAGUCAUCAGGAGGGACUAAGACGGUAACCCCGCGUCCACAGCGCACAAGCCCAGAUGCCAGUUUCGCCUCUGAGGGUGUUCUGAGGAUCCACCUAAAGGAGGCCAAGGCUCUUAUAGCUAAAGAUAGCUUCAUGGGUGGCAUGGUGAAGGGCAAAAGUGAUCCUUAUGUAAAGAUCCGUGUGGGAGGGACGACCUUCAAGAGCCGCAUCAUAAAAGAGAAUCUCAACCCAGUGUGGAAUGAACUUUACGAGGUGAUUCUCACGGCACUCCCAGGGCAAGAAGUGCAAUUUGAUUUGUACGACAAAGACGUGGAUCAGGAUGACUUCCUGGGCAGGUUUAAACUGAGUCUAAGUGACAUCAUUAGCUCCCAGUUUACUGAUCAGUGGUACGAUCUGAAUGAUGUGACAUCGGGACGUGUUCACGUGCUGUUGGAAUGGGUGCCAAGAGUUUCAGACCCAAGCAGACUUCAACAGAUUUUGCACUACCAGUCUCAGCAGUUGUACGUGAACAAAGCAGUGCCGGCUGCAGCCAUCCUCUGCGUGUAUGUAGAGCGAGCCCAUGGCCUGCCUUUGAAGAAGAAUGGACAUGAGCCAGUAGUGGGAGCCGAGCUGACUCUCAAGAAUGUUACCUCCAGGAGUAAACUUGCUGAGCGUUCAACAUCUCCACGCUGGGAUGAUGCGUUCUGCUUUCUUGUCCAUGACCCCAGAGAGGAAAUGCUUACUAUCAAAUUGUCUCACAGCUGGGGCCAGCCCCUCGGUGCGUCAGUGCUGCCUGUUAAAGACUUACUAAAUGAGCCAGGCUUGGUUCUGGACCGGUGGCUUCCUCUGGAUGGGGCCCUGCCUGAAAGUGAGAUAUUGCUAAGGGCAGAGCUCAAGCUGCUGCACUCUAAGUCGUUGGAAGGUGACAGUGCUACCAGUGGCAGUGAAGAGGUGGACCACAGCGUCCCCAGUGCCGAGACACAAGUCACAGAAAAUCAGGAGCUCAGACACAGAAGCGUUCCGGGCCAAGGAGGUGGGGAUGCUGGAGCCAGCGGACGAGGCCAGGUGAAACUCUCUAUUGCCUACGCGACUGAGGAGAACAGACUGGUCAUCACCGUCCACAGCUGCAGGAAGUUGCCUUCAUGCUCCAAGGACGGCUCAGACCCGUAUGUGUCGUUCAUCCUUCUGCCUGACAAGAACAGAAGCACCAAAAAAAAGACGAGCGUCAAAAAGCGAGACCUCAAUCCUGAGUUCAAUGAGAGGUUUGAUUUCAGCCUUUCCCUGAAGGAGGCCAUGCAGAGACGUCUGGACCUGUCCGUCAAAAACAGUGGUUCUUUCAUGAGCCGUGAGAAAGAGACCAUUGGCAGGCUGCAGUUAGAUCUGAAUCAGAUUGACCUAAGGGCAGGUGCGCCACAGUGGUAUGAUUUAACAGACGAGACCAAUUAAUCCGUCUGCUGUACGCUUGUGUGACAAUCCCAUUGCUCCUGUACGUCUGCAUCUGCAUGCUGCUAAUAUCACUUUACCCGUAUAGCACAGUGAUGCAAAUAAAGGAGAAAAUGUUGUGUUGUACAAUUUAUGCUCUGUAUUUGCUUAAAUUUUCCAGCAAUACCAAAUGCAUUUUGGGCGGGGUGUAACCGUCAGUGCACGCCAGGAGAAUCAUAUGUGCCAUUUUGACCCAAAGGGUAUAAAAAAAAACAGGUUGAAUAUAUAUAAGUCUUGAUAGGAAUGAAGAACGCUUAACCGUGCCAGAUAAAAUGACUGAAACACUGUUCCUCUAUGGUGAUCUUAAAUAAAGAAUAUGCUUGACAAGAUAUUUUAUUUUAGCAUCAAAUACACAUUUCACUUUUUUUUUUUAUAUAUAUAUUUUAGCAAAUUUCAUAGCAGGCCUCUUGAGGGUUUUAUUUGUAUACUAUUUGCGUUUCUGUUUAAAAGAUGCAUAAAAGUUGUAUUUCUUUAAAAAAAACGGGUAAUAUUGUAGUUAUUUAAAGCUCCGUCUGAAAUAAGUUUUCUGUAAAAGUGUCAUUACUGUUUCUUUAAACUCUAACAAAUAAAGAUACAAAUAUAAAUACCAUAAGAUGCACUCUCAGCAAAACAUUUAAUUAAUCAGUAUCUUCAGAUGUUACUGUGGGGUCCAUGUGGGUAGCUCUUUUUAUCUUUAUUACGAGGAAUGAAGUUAAACUGGGAUUUUUAAUUGCGCAGAAUUACAGAACACAGUUGUAAAACUACCUUUAUUUUUCUAUACGAUCCCCUGCUAUCCCAGUGUUUCACUUGUGCUUGGACACUAUCAAAGUAAAAAGAUUUCUCAGUACACCAGAGACAUAAUCGGGAUGUAUACAGUAGUGUACCUUUAAAUACACUGCAAGUCUCCAUAGGUCACACACUAAAGUUAUACAAAGUUGUACCCUUGAUGUACCCACUCCAGAGACAACCGAAGAUACAGUUUGGUUCUGUUUCUUCCCAGACAAUGUUUUUUUUUUUUGUUCCAUUUAUCUAUAUGCUGGUUUAAUUGUCUUUGUGUUUGCAUAUUUCUGGCUGAAACAUAUUUGCUCACAUUAUGGGAAAUUUCUGUUCACUGUGCAUUGACUUCUAAAUGGAGUUUCUUGAUAUAUGUGUAUAUCCAAAGUGUUGAUGAGAUUGAGUUGUAUCUGUUUCACUUUUAACAUCCCAGAAUCAUAUCACUGUGCUUUUUAUAUUCAUUCCAAACAGAUUUAAGAUCAUCCUGUGAGAAGUGAGUUUGUGGAAGUAUAUAUUAAGUUAUAUAUUUUUGUAAAAGUAAAAAGAGAGAAAAUGUUCUGAAGAAUGUGUGUUAAGUAACGGUUCCUUUGGAGAGAAACCAGAGGACAUUCGUAGAUGAGGCAGAUUUUUUCUGUCUGUUGAUGCCAGCACUGAAAAUCUGUAACGCAACUGUUUUAAUAAACAUUCUCUUUGCACUUUAAA